AGAUAAACGCGGCGGUGAUGCGGCCAGUUGAAGGGAGGCUGAGAAUGAGCACCGGACGAGCGUCUCUUUCCGCUGCCGUCUGUACGUGCACCGAGCAGACUGAUAUCGCUGGGAGGAAAAUGUCAUGUGGGCUGUGGAAAGAGACCCUGGCUUUGGCGGAGGACUACCUGUCCCUUUGCUGCACAAGCCUUCGGCCAGCCCCUCCACCUCCCAGCGAGUCAGCUUCUGCCAUGAGACGCCUGGCCCAGGACAUGGAGAAGCAGCACCAGGCUCGCUUCCACUCCCUCGCUCAGGCCUUUCUGAGGCAGUGUGGGUCUGACCCUUGCUCCAGCCUCAGGAAGGUGAUGGAGGAACUGGUGGGAGACGGACACUUGAACUGGGGGAGGGUUGUUUCCCUUUUCACCUUUACUGGGGUGCUGGCCAGACAACUGGUGGGACAGAACGGGAUAGAGCUGGGGCUGGAACCCGGGCAGGAACUGGGACAGGCGCCUGGGAACUGCAGGGGACUGGCAGAGACCAUAGCUGAUUACCUAGGAGAAGAGAAGAAAGACUGGCUUCUGGAGAAUGAUGGAUGGGAGGGCUUCUGUAAUUUCUCCCGUACUGCCAGAGAGGUGAGCCAGGACUUGUCAAUGAAGACUGCUCUGUUUGCUGCUGCUGGCGUGGGCCUCGCUGGACUCACCUUCCUCUUGGUGCGCUAAAUCCAGACUUUCUACGUCCUCAAUGUGUCCUUCUAGUCCAUACUCUCAUUUCAUUUGGCACAAUUAAGUAGACAUUUGAAUUUCAACGUCAAUGCUGCAAAACAGGGCUUAAUCUUUAGUAAAUUCAGGGUUUUUAUCUCAAGUCAUCAGCUGAAUGUUUCCACAUAUAGACCCCCCCCCACAAACACACACCCUUAAGAUUGUAAAAUGAUCUAAAUGCCUUCAUGAAUUUUGGAGUUGGUGCCAUGUCAGUGUAUUUUCAAACAGGUUAAUUCCUAAAACAGGUCUCUACACCGAAUCAUCUCCUCAAAGUUUCAUUUUCAUGUGCAGCUAAAGAAACUUUUAUUUCCCACAGAUUUUGGUUUUGAUUUUACAAAAAUUGUCAGCUGCCUUUUUAUUCACCUGUUUAGCUCAGUUGUGUAUGUGGUUUUAAAGCCACUCUAGUGUACAAUGUAUAAAUUAAUAUAUUAUAUUUAUAUAAACUUAAACUGUAAGGCAGUGGACUUUUUCUAACCGAUCCACAGCUAAUUCAGUCGUUUCAUUGUUAAAAGUGUGUCUUACCUUCAUGUAAAAUUAUACAAUGAAUAGAGGUGAUGACAGCGCUGAUGAUGAACACACAACGGUGCUAUGAAAUGUUGUGAAAUGUUUCUCAUAUCAAUCGACCAAACCAGGGACCAAUCUGACUUAAAACGCAUUGCUAUUACAACAAACCAUUGCUAUGGCUUGAACCUUAUAUUUUUACAUUGUUUUUGUUCUAUUUAUUUGUGACUGUUUUUGUAAUAAA